CAAGAGAAGCCGGAUGAUCGACAGCGGGGGAAGACGGUCGAGGACGUGGUGGAGUGUUUGGAUAAGAGCUUGAAGGUGAAGAAGGAUUGAUUGAUUGACUCCAUCGACGAAUUAUAUGUAUGUAUGUAUGUAUGCAUUCUAUUGCUUCUUUUGGAUAUAUCAUAUCCAUACUAUGGAUAUCAUGCGUUCAUAGCUUGACUGGGUGGGUACCUCUCACUUUCAUUCCCAGCGAUAACCUGAAGUGUGUGAUAUCUUCCGAGUUCAGGACUUGUCCUAGCCUAUGGCGUAGUACAACUCACCGCCGCUACAGCAACGACAUCCACAGAGAAUGGAUUGACUAACCAUCCAGGUCGAUCAAUUCGCCCCCGCACUUGCUAACCCGUGCAUACUGUGCGAUUCAA